AUGGCGCAACACAAAGCCACAGCAGCCUUUUGCUCAGAGCUGGACAGCUCUAGCUGUCUGGUGGCUGGCUGCAGCCUAGCUUCAGGUGGCACCCAUCCUCUACCCACCCACCAAGGAGUGUUUGCCCUGGAGCAGUGUCUGGGAUGUCACAGAAAAAACAAACUCAACUUUGUGGCCGAAGCUCAGAUAUGGAAGGAUCAUCUUAAAACAGAACGUGAAGCUGCAAGGAGAUGGCCCUCACGAUGGGGUUUUCUGUUAACACCAGUUGAAGAGUUGAUAAAAGAUGAAAAGAAACAACCUGCUAAGCCUAAGAUCCCGCUUCCAGAACACUUACAAAUCCGACCUGUGACACCGGUGGAAAAAUAUAUUAAGAUACAUCCAUCUCCACCUGUCCCUCAAACAACCCAAGGGUUUAUUGGCUGGAGAUCUACAGUACCAGGGCUGGAACUUGAACGUUAUUAUCAGAUCAGAAGUUGUAAAGGUGCCUUUCACAAGGACCUGCAAUGGCCAAAUGAACCUACUGACUAACUUUAAGAAAUAGUGCCUUAGGCCUAUUAGUCUCUCUUUCCCUUUCUUUUAUUACCGUCAAUCCAAGGAUGUUUUCAGCAAGUCCUAAUACAUAGGGGAAAUGGAUAUUAAAACAUGUUUGUAUA